GAACAUCCACCUCGCACAACUGCACUAUUAAGUGUGAACUGCGAACUGAGCCACUCAACGCCGAAGCCUCUGUGAAGCCAUGGCGACGAUCAAAACGACGUCGUCCCCACCGUUUCUUUGUCCAUUCCUCUCCCCCAAACCCUUCCCCCCAAAAUCCUCGAUCCAUCUUCCCCAAACGCGCAAGCGAGCGCCGUUUCGCUGCGCCUUCAGCUCCACGCAUUGGUUCUCCGCCGUUCCCAGAGCGAAACGCAGCGUUUCGGAGACCCAUUUGUGCUUCGCCACUCGCCGCAAACCCACCUUCUCUUCCGGAGAAGAGGGCGAGGGCGAUUCGAGAAGAGUGCUUCAAAUUGCGCUGUGGCUCGCAGAAGGUGUCUACGUUCUGUGGCUCUUCCUGCUUCCUUAUGCCCCUGGAGAUCCUAUAUGGGCCAUCAGUUCUGACACAUGGAAUUCUCUUAUUGGUCUUUCUCUUAAUUUCUUUUUCAUAUUGCCUUUCAUGAACUUUGUUGGCAUUCAUUUGAUUGAUGCGGCAGUUCUUCAUCCUAUGUCCGAAGGACUAUUCAAUUUUGUGAUUGGCUGGACGUUCAUGUUUGCCCCUUUGCUGUUCACUGAUCGUAAGAAAGAUAGAUAUAAAGGGUCUCUAGAUGUUCUCUGGGGCCUGCAAAUGUUCCUGACAAAUACAUUUCUGAUCCCAUACAUGGCUAUCCGCCUGAAUGAUGCUGAUGAUGAGAGUGUUCCAAAUCCAAGCAAACUUUCACAGUUGGGCUCUGUGAUGACAAAUGGUGCUCAACUUGUUGGAUUGAUUGGUGGCGGUGCAUGUUUUAUAUCUCUUUUAUGGGCUCUUUUUGGUCGAAUGGAUGCAAAUUUUGGGGGCAUAGCAGAUAGAUUGGACUACUUGGUGGGUUAUCUUGGAUCAGAAAGGCUGGCUUAUGCCUUCAUAUGGGAUAUAUGCCUUUAUAUGAUUUUCCAGCCUUGGUUGAUUGGUGAUAACCUCGAGAAUGUUCAGGAAAACAAGGUUGUUUUAGUAAAGUAUCUUAGAUAUGUACCCGUCAUUGGCUUAAUUGCUUAUCUUUUGUUCUUGGAGCCCAAGGAGGCAUGAAUACUGGGUUUGGAUGAUUAGUUUAUUGUGAACUCAAAGAAGCUCAGUUAAAAAUGAUCUCUUGAAUAUGUUGAGGAAAAAAGAAAAGGAUUUUUUUGAUUCUAA